AUGGCCCAGGAAAACGGCUGGACAAGGGCUCUCAGGAGCGACGCCAGCGUGGCGUUCAUCGCGGGCGGCGUGGCCGGCGCGGUGUCGCGCACGGUGGUGUCGCCGUUCGAAAGAGUCAAGAUCCUGCUGCAGGUGCAGAGCUCCACACACGCGUACAACCAGGGCAUUUUCGGGGCUGUCAGGCAGGUGUACGCGGAGGAGGGCGUCCCCGGGCUGCUGCGCGGCAACGGCCUGAACUGCGUGCGGAUCUUCCCCUACAGCGCGGUGCAGUUCGUCGUGUACGAGUUCUGCAAGAAGCAGUGGUUCGAGCGCGGCGCGGCCGACGGGCGCGCGCCGCAGCAGAUGCAGAACUGGCAGCGGCUGCUCAGCGGCGCGCUGUGCGGCGGCUGCAGCGUGCUGGCGACGUACCCGCUGGACCUCGUGCGCACCCGGCUGUCCAUCCAGACGGCGAACCUUGCGAGCCUGCAGCGCGCCAAGGCCGCCAACGUCGCCAAGCCGCCUGGCGUGUGGGAGCUGCUGGAGAACACGUACAAAAAUGAGGGCGGCGUGGUGGGCCUGUACCGCGGCGUCUGGCCCACCAGCAUCGGCGUCGUGCCCUACGUCGCGCUCAACUUCGCCGUCUACGAGCAGCUGCGCGAGUUCAUUCCGCCCAGCGUCGACCCCGGCUGGGCCAGCGUGUUCAAGCUCACCAUCGGCGCGCUGAGCGGCGGCGUGGCCCAGACCAUCACCUACCCGUUCGACCUGCUUCGGCGCCGCUUCCAGGUGCUGGCUAUGGGCCAGAACGAGCUGGGCUUCCGCUACAAGAGCGUAACCGACGCGCUCGUCACCAUAGGCCGCACCGAAGGCUUCAAGGGCUACUACAAAGGCCUGACUGCCAACCUUUUCAAGGUUGUCCCAUCCACAGCUGUUAGCUGGGUCGUCUACGAAGCUGUCCGCGACCUCAUGCAGGCGUAG